AGAAAAGAGCAAAAAGUGCGAUGUUUUACAGUGGUUUGGAUUCUGAGUUUUGCGAAAGGAUUUUAGGAAAUAUUUUUACUUCGACUUAUUGGAUAUUGUUUUAAUAAGUAAGCAUUGCCAAUAUACAGUAAUAUACAGUAAUACGACAACUAUCCUACCUAGCCUACUUGUUAUAAACUAACGCGUUGUCAUGCCACGAUCCUUUUUGGUGAAAAACAAGAGGUGCACAUCUUACAAUGUGCACCAAUCUCACGAAGAUGAAGCCGAAUCGAGGGACCCUGCAUUUACAGAACCAAAGAGUCCAGAGUCUCCAGUCAGGCCUCAGUCACUGAGUCAGCCCACUCAUCCUGACACCUAUUCUUACAUGAAAAAUGAACAGGAGCCUGAACGGCCAGUCCCCUUUCACCCUGACCCAACAGGACACCCUGUUACCCCUGCUACACCACCAUACUACUUAUCAGAGGCUCACAUGGCAGAGCUCCCUGCAUACUACAAGCCCUCCUACACCUGGGACUCUGUACCUGCGCCCUAUGACCUUUGUACGAUGGGCUUCCUCCCCUCCCUCCUGCAGCACUCCAGGAGCCUAUUUGGGGCUAAAGUCAGCCACAGCCCUGAGCCCCAGCAACCUCUGGACUGCAGCACACACUACUACCCCACCUCGGGAACUUAUCACUGCAUCACCUGUGACAAGGUGUUCUCAACCCCUCAUGGUUUGGAGGUGCAUGUCAGACGCUCCCACAGCGGGACCAGACCAUUCGGCUGCAGCAUCUGCAGGAAAACCUUUGGCCAUGCUGUCAGUCUGGAGCAACACAUGAACGUUCACUCACAGGAAAGAAGUUUUGAAUGCAAGAUGUGUGGAAAGACAUUCAAGCGCUCUUCCACCCUCUCCACCCAUCUACUCAUCCACUCCGACACCAGGCCCUACCCCUGUCAGUACUGUGGAAAGAGGUUCCACCAGAAGUCGGACAUGAAGAAACACACCUACAUCCACACAGGUGAGAAGCCCCACAAAUGCCAGGUGUGUGGCAAGGCAUUUAGCCAGAGCUCCAACCUCAUCACACACAGUCGUAAACACACAGGCUUUAAGCCCUUUGGCUGUGAGAUCUGUGUCAAGGGCUUCCAACGCAAGGUGGACCUCCGCAGACACCAUGAGAGCCAGCAUGGCCUGAAGUGACGAGGUUGAGAACAAUGGAUAGAGAAGAAGAGGAAAGAGUGCCUUAGCAAAACAACAUAGCAAAGAAAGAGAAAGAACGACCAAACAUGUCCCUUAGUGGUGAGCAUCAUGACACAAAAUAUCCACUAUGGACACAAUCAUUUUGUUUUACACAUAUCGUAUUGAAUCUUAUCCUUCUUGUGAAAAGGCAUUUUUAAGUCAAUCAGACUUUAGACAAGGCAAAUUAUGAAUAUACUUUUUUCAUUAAGUAUUUGCUAUCACUUAAGGAGGAACAGCCCUUUGGAAUAAAAUCUAAUUCAACUGAUAUCCUUUGGGUGCAUUAUGAUGUUGUAUACUUAUGACAGAGGCCUUUAAAGUCAAAUGUGAAGAGAGAUAGGUCUCAUGAUUUUGUUGCAUAAUGUAUUUAAGAAAAAGCUUUAUAUGUUCACAAAGAGUUUGUUUGCCAUUCAUACUAUAGUUAUAAAUGAAUCUUAUGUCAAAUAAAAGGAAGCAAUGGUAUGAAUGAAUAAAUGCUCUCCAAAUAACGGUGAUAUUUUAUUAUAAUCCUCGUAAUCAUUGUGGUUUGCGGAGAAAAGACAACUCACACUCCGCCCAUAUUUAACAUAAUCAUGCAUUCACUGUCAUGUGACAAGUUGACAAACAUUGUGAAGAAGAGGGGAAAAAACAGUCAAAAGGUCAAAUACAAGCAGCAUGUUAGCUUAGUAAGAUGAGAUGGCUCAUGGUAAGCCUUUAUGUGUGACCGUUUACUCAUGGCGCAGGUUGCAUGCAGACUGUCUUCCAACUGGCUCUGUAGCAGUCCUCUGCAAGGCUGAGCUCAUGUUGUCUGGGGCUGAAAUCUCUAGCAUGACCAGUCAGAGAUAAUUCAAAUCUAUACCUGGAAAACCAUGCAAAUCUCAAGUCCGCCAGGCUUUCAAAUGUCACACAGAGGAAUGGACUGCCCACCAAAGAGCGGAGAGGGAGGAUCAAUCUCCCCAAUCCUUCCAAAAUCUCAAUCACUAAUAUACAAACUGCUUAGGCCUUCCCCAUGUAUAAUGCAGUUCUUCACACCCGUAAACAAAGGUCUGCACAUUCAGCUUCAUCUCUAGUUAGUCACACUGUUGGUCUUCAAGUGGGAAGAAGAAGUGUAUUCCCUCUGUAUUAUGAUAUUGGAUAUACUGUAUGACAACAGACAGAGCAUGGAGUACUCAAACAGCCUGUCCCCAUAUCAAAUCAAAUUUAUUUAUAUAGCCCUUCUUACAUCAGCUGAU